AUGCCAGCCCCGUCACUCAAACACCUGGCCACGGCCACAGCGAUCAAACACGUCAAAGUACUAAACGACAUCGGCAGCCUCCCCUAUGCCCUAGCUCGCCCCAUCCUACUGAAAGUCGACAACCCAGAGAAACUGCACACCAUGGAACUCCUGUCCCCACAUAUCGCAUCCGAAGAUCAAGAAAUAUGGCUUGAAUUCAUCAAGCGCGAUAUCCCCCAAUGGGAUACCUACGACCUACCCCAACGAACAACCCAAUGGUACGAAAUCUACUGCGACCUGCGCGAAAUGGUUCAACGCUCUCUAGACGCGGACGCCGAGAAAAUGAAGAUGGCCAUCGACGGUAUCCAGUCUGAGCGCGCCAGGUUGACGCCGAAGAUCAUUUCGGGGACGAGGGCUAGACGAAUCGGUGGCAUCGGGCCUAGUUUUCGUCAGAGGGUUGUUAAUGCGCAGCCGAGGAAGUCGACUAUCUUUACACCGCAGAGGAGGAAUACUAGUUUGGCUAUGCCGACUAAGCAUUUGAAAACUAAGGCUAGUCAGGUUAGGCAGGCACCGAGGUCUUUGAUUGAGGAUCAUCUGGUGCCUGUGUCUGCGCCGAAGAGGGACGAAGCCAAGGCGCCUGUUGCGCAGGGUGAUGAUAAGGGGUCUUCGUUAGCUGAGCGAGAGGCGCGGUUGAGGGCUCUCACUUCUGGAAAACCUAUGCCUCAUGGAGCGGGUGAGAUCCGAAAGGUCCCAGUCACCUCCAGAGAAGUGGGUUCUCCGGCCAAGAAGCCCAUUCCCAAGCGUCAGGCAACCUCGCCUCACCCGACUUCUUCCUACUCGCCUCAACUUUCAGCCACCGGUGAUUCCGCGUCUGAUUCCACAUCUACGAAUGCCCCCCGUCCCGCUGUUGUUCGCAAGCGACAAGACGAUAUCUUCAUUCGUCCGAAGCGUAAGCGGGUGCUUUAA